UGUGGGAUAAGUAAAACAUACUAUGUGUUUUUGUGCUACAGGUGAAGAAAGCUUAAUUCUUCUAGAUGGAAAACAUGAAUUUCCCUUCAGCUUUCAGCUCCCACAAGAGCCUCUGGUGACCUCUUUUACUGGGAAGUAUGGCAGCAUUCAGUACUAUGUGAAAGCAAUCCUGGAAAGGCCCGCGGCGCCCGAUCAAAGCGUGCAGACAGAACUGCAGGUUAUUAGCCAUAUCGAUGUCAACUCGCCCGCGCUGUUGACACCUGUUCUAAGAAGUCAGGAGAAGAUGGUUGGCUGUUGGUUUUUCACCUCUGGGCCAGUGUCUCUGAGUGCCAAAAUUGAGAGGAAGGGAUACUGUAAUGGGGAGGCCAUACCAAUCUAUGCAGAAAUUGAGAACUGCUCUUCUCGUUUGAUUGUUCCCAAAGCUGCCAUUUUCCAAACACAAACUUACUUGGCCAGUGGGAAGACAAAGACCUUCCGUCAGAUGGUUGCCAAUGUGCGAGGAAACCACAUUGCCUCUGGGAGUACAGACACCUGGAAUGGGAAAACGCUGAAAAUCCCACCUGUAUCCCCUUCUAUACUUGACUGCUGUAUUAUUCGAGUAGAAUAUUCAUUAGCAGUAUAUAUCCAUAUCCCUGGUGCUAAGAAACUGAUGAUUGAAAUGCCUCUGGUGAUUGGCACAAUUCCAUGUAUUGGAUUUUCAAGCAGGAACUCCAGCAUUACCAGCCAGUUCAGUAUGGAUAUGAGUUGGCUGGCAUUGACCAUGCCAGAGCACCCUGAAGCACCACCAAAUUAUGCUGAUGUAGUGUCUGAGGAAGAGUUCUCCAGACAUGUUCCUGCCUAUCCACCACCAAUCGACUGUGAGGAACAACUGUGUUGUCCUGUGUUUGCUUACAUACAAGAGUUCCGGUUCCAGCCUCCACCUCUUUAUUCAGAGAUUGAUCCACAUCCUACUGAUGUAGAGGAAACGCAGCCGGUUUCAUUCAUGCUUUGAAGAGGAUUUGUAAUGAGCAUCAUUGUGAUGAAUGUCUUACCUUUCUGCUGCUUCAGCUGAUAGUGCAGCUAAAAAGGAAACAGUUUUCUUUUUCAAACUUAAGUUUGCAUACAAGAAAGGUCAAGGAAAACGGAGAUGGAGGUAUGAGCAUGUUUGGUGAUGGAAAAGAACCUGCUGGAUUAGUCUGCACAGAGGAUAUCAUGGGAGCAGCUAUGAAUGGGGUACCAUGAAAAGUACCUGAAAACACUGAAGGUCUUUUAAAAGGUGGAUAUUCUGUAUAAAGUACAAGG